AUGUUGCAACUGGGUUAAUGUCAAAUCUGUACAUAGCGGAACAGAAUGGCUCUGGUGGCGGUUCAAACGACAUGGAAGAGGAGUUUCAGAGGGUACGGAUGUACAAAAGUUCAAGGCUGGUCAACAAACGAGGAGGCCACACGGACACGGCUCGACCACCACUCAUCCUUUUUUUGGGGACCUUCGUGAGGGAAACCAACUCUUAGCCAAUGACCGUUUCCAAUAACAGAAGAACAUGGAGAAGAGCGGUAACCUGUUUGACAAGCAAAUGGAGUCACCGAGAUCUCCCACGAGGCUGCAGAGGCAAGCACCAACGGCUCUGCAGCUUGAUCACUCGGCUCAUAACCAGUUUUCACCGUCUAGCGCCAUAGAGGGGACGGCUAUUCCAUUGCUUUCGCCUCUCUAUGUGCCUCCGAGACUUUCAUCUUCGCUCCGAGAGGGAGAAGAGUUCAGGUUUCACGUGGGCGGGAACGGCUGUCCUGACCCGAAGGGCUCUCAUCUGGGAGAGUGGCAACAUCCGGCAAUGUCCGACCAUUCUGAGCAGAUGGCUCUCUUGACUAUGUUUCAGACCAAGUUUGUGCUUGUGAAUGAUUCACGUUGAGGGCUUUUUCCAGUUUUGGGG